GCUUUCGGCCGCGUCGCGACGCCCGCUGCAGCCGCUCCUUGCACGCGUUCGGGAGUCCGGGACCAUGCACAGGUGUUCGUCUGAGAGUGUUGUUUACGCGGCUCGGGAUGCUAAGGCGUGAAGGCGUUGGAUGUUUACAGUGUGUUUAUGGGACAUAGUGAGGAGUUGAUGGAGGCUGAGUACAGCGAGGUGGUCGCGGGUUGCGAGGCGCGGCGCGACGCUCCCAUGGACGCUACGCUCGACACCAUGCAUCCGUUGGACCCGCCGCCGCCCGAUGUCCUGCUUGCUCUGCUCGCCAGGAACAAGGCGCUCGAAGGUCUUAUAGAUAAAAGGAGGGCCAGUAUCCCGAAAUGCGGCGGGUGUCACGAGAUGAUCGUAGACCGCUACGUGCUGAAGGUGUCGGACCGCACGUGGCACGCCGGCUGUCUGCGCUGCGUCGAGUGCCGUGCUAUGCUCUCCGGAAAGUGCUUCGCCAGGAACAACCAGCUCUAUUGCACUGAUGAUUUUUUCAAGCGGUUCGGCACGAAGUGCGCUGGCUGCGGGCAGGGCAUCCCCCCGACGCAGGUGGUGCGGCGCGCGCAGUCACACGUCUACCACCUGCGCUGCUUCGCAUGUGCCGCCUGCGCACGGACCCUUAACACCGGCGACGAGUUCUAUCUCAUGGAGGAUGGAAAGCUCGUGUGUAAACCUGACUAUGAAGCUGCUAGAGCGAAAGGAAAAGAAAAUGGCAAAAUCUACAUCAAAAUCAGUUGUAAUGUGCAAUGUCCAGGCGGUGAGGGUUCGUUAGACGGUGAUGCUGCGAGUAAGAGGCCGCGGACUACGAUCACGGCGAAGCAGCUGGAGACCUUGAAGAACGCGUACAGCAGUAGUCCGAAGCCAGCGCGACACGUGCGGGAACAGCUGGCGCAUGAUACGGGGCUCGACAUGAGGGUCGUGCAAGUCUGGUUUCAAAACAGACGAGCGAAAGAAAAGCGGUUAAAGAAAGAUGCUGGCCGGACGCGCUGGUCUCAAUACUUUAGGUCUAUGAAGAGUGGAAGCGGCUCGCCUCGGCACGACAGGUUGCUGGACAAGGAUGAACUCAAGAUUGACUUGGAUUCGUUUAGUCAUCACGAACUUAGCAACGAUAGCUACAGCACGGUAGCACUAGGGGGCGAGGAAGGUUCGCCCGCGGGUGGUGGCGCAGCGGCAGGGGGCGCGCGCUACGCCGCUACGCCGCCAUACCUGCGCGCGCACUCACCGCCACAUCCACACUACCACUACCCACCAGACCAUCUCGUAUACACUAACAUAGGUCAAGCAAUGAGUGGUGCUGGUAUCGGAGGAGCAGGUGGAGCGGGAGGUGCUUCAGAUUUAAGCAGUUCAUCGUCCCCGGCUGCGGGUGGAUACCCCGACUUUCCACCGUCACCAGAUUCGUGGCUGGGCGAGGCGCACCACUACUCGCCGCGCGCCUUCCCCUAGCGGCGGCCACCGCCGGCGCACGCGCAGCCCGCGCCCCCGCCGCCCCCCGUCCCGCGGCCCCCCUAUCCGCACGUGCUCGCGCCACAACCUCUCGAGCUCGUCGUCAAGCGUGAGCUGUAACUCCACUACAAAGAUUGCCACGCUUAGGACGUUCGACGAAGUCAGUGGAAGUUUGGUGUGCCGCACUUUUGACACUAUUUGAUAUGUACCACUGAUACCACGCCAAAGAGUAAUCACACGUUAAUGUUACAAGGAACUGAAGCUUGCUAAAGUGCUACUGUUUCAGCAAGCAACACAAAGCACUAAACUUGAAACAAUAUAUUAUUAUGUGUGGUGUGGUGGCUGCUGGGUGCACAGGGAUGUGAGUGUUGUCGUCGUUGUUAAAUGUUCACAAGACUUGAAAGUAAUGUAAAUAAAUUUUUUAUAUAGGCAUUGACACUGCAUACAAUAAAUCCUUGGUUUUGGUUUGUCAUUCAAAACUAUCGUACUUACGUUGUAUGUUGAAAUACUUAAACAGUUGCUGAGUUUUCCGCAUCGAUGUUUUGUUGGGUGUAUAUUUGUGAUUGUACCGUUCGUUUAGAUUUGUAAUAUAAGAAUAUAAAUAUUUGUACAUAGAACUAGCAGAGAAUAAAGAUUAACGCCUUACUAGCAAGGUACACUGUUGUAAAUAAAGUACGAUUGUAGAAAAAAUCAUUAAAUUGUAAAGGCAUAAUGUUUCGUACAAGACGCCACAUACAUAUUAAUGUACAUUAUUAUGAAAUGAUACAAAAGAAAAAUAUAAUUGGAAUAGAUGUAACCCCAUAUUUAUUUAAUAUUCGACAGAAAUUAUCACAAUAUUGUACAUAGAAUUAAUGUAAUAUAAGUAAUAAUAGCUGAUAUAGGCAAGUCCAUAGUGAUUAUAAUACUUUGUGCAAAAAAUCUAGUCGACAGAUGAAUGGUAUCUAUAUUAUAAAUAAUUGUACUUAUAUGUAAUUACAAUAAAGUUUUAUUUACAACUUACAAUUUAUCAGUACCUAAACAAUAUUAAAUAUUAUAUUUUACAGUUCUGUCGUCGCUACACCCCAGUACUGUUGCAUGCGACCUUCAAGGUCCAAGGAGUCUUGGGUGGAUUUCUCUUGUAUCACAGCAAAAUCGUAUUCCAGGUGGUAGGGCAUGAGUCGCUGCAGUGAUCCAAAGUACGCUGCGUUUGGUCCACCAUUGGGUAACCUUCCAGAACCGAAUCUAAAAUCAGGUUUCAGUGCAGUGCCAAACGACCUCGCACUUCCAAAAUGUUUUGAUAGGAACGGCAUACCUUUUGACUGUUUCCCUGUCAAGUGUAACUGCGGACUGCUACCCGACAGACCUUUAAGAUUUCGCAAGCUGCUGACAUUAGAUUUGAUGCCUUUCGACAAAUGAUCUAACUCUUUAUCAAAUAACAUUUGAGUGUUUUGUUCAAGCAUGUACUCCCAGCAUUUGAACUGCUCUUCAGGAUUAGAUACUUCUUCAUGUCUGUGGUCAUCUUCCUUAUCUUCUUCGACUCGAACGCGGAUAGCGCGGGCGACGCCUCCUCGACAACUUCUUCGUUCAGAUGCUUUAGCUUGUGACCUUACGCUAGCAUAAUGUUGGUGACUGACAGCUUCGCUAGGUGGCCGGUCACUCUGCCCACUUGGAGAUGACCGAUCGCUACAUGGUUUUGGAGGCGUCACCGAAUGGCAACAUGGCUCCAAACGUGAACAGCAACAAUCCGAUCGACAUACCGACUUGUUGCUAUUGAUAGUUUGCCGCAAUUCACGCAUCAACAGAUCGACGUCAGAUCGAGCCGCAUCGAAACGAACAAUUAACACCGAUAUACAUUCUUCCACGCCGUAACUUUGCGCUAGGUCCUGUAACCUUUUAGCUGCUAGAACAGGAUUUCUUUCAGCUCUUACUUCUGACACAGCUGUCUCCAUACUAACAGCAUUCCAAAAAUGUCCAUUGCCUAAAAUUAGGAACUCGUCGUCUUCUUUAAUUAUGGUUUGUAUGACGUCAGGAUCUGGCACAGUAUUAGGAUAGUUGGUGGAAUAUCCCAAUCUUUUAUUAUUUUCUAUUCCCAAACUUAGAGGUCCAUUCCGUCUACUUAGAACAGCUUUUGUAUCUCCUACGUUGGCAAGUUUCAAACUAUACUUGCGGGCCGAGUGGCCAAAACCAUUUUCUUGUGCAGUUAUGGGCGAUAAAUGACACAUAAUUAAACAAGCACCUUUUUUCUGUCCUUUUUCCUUGAGUUCCCUAUGCGCAGAUAGGACAACAUAUUUCAUGUACUCAUUAACUGUUUCCUUGAUCGAUUUUUCUUCAAGUACAAGUCCAGGUAUAGAGGUUUGUAAAAUUUUUGGCACUUCAAUAUCAGUUUCACCAUCAAUGAUUGCAAAUAAACCUUCCCUAUUGCAGAAGGACGGUAGGCGUAUUUGUGCACAACAUAGCUGUAACGAUUUAUUUGGACAUUCAGAAAAUCCUGUGCUCCAAGGCGUCGAGCCGUUUAAUUCUUCGUGAUAGCCACUUUUUUGUGUCCACGGUAAGGAAUGUCGUCCGGUGACAUCGACCAAACUAAGAGGGCGUUGACAUCUGUACGCGCUAAAUUGUGAAGGAUCCACUUGCAACUUUUUGUUACACGAUAUAUCUAAAAAUUUCAACUGUUUCGGGGCAAGAAGUCGUAAAUCUAUACUAUCUAAUUCAUUAUGAGCGAAAUCUAAUAUUUUAACUGAGGCACUGCACGCAAACAUUGGAACAGAGCGUAAUCUGUUUGAAUGAGCUCUUACUAUUUUAAUAUUAUUCAAUUGUGGUAAAUUUUCUGGAAGUCUUGAAAGGCAGUUCCCAGACAAUACAAGUUCUUCAAUAUCUGGCCAGAAGUUGAUACAUGUUUCUGGUAGAUUCGUGAGGCAAUUAUAUGCGAUGUGUAAUAUCUUCAAUCCUCUGAAGGCUAUUAUAACAUCGGCUACUUCAUCAGUUAGGCAAUUGGCAGUAAGGUAGAGUCUCUCAAGACAAUGUGAUGAGGGACCUCUGGCGUGUGGUAGUCGACUUAAUCUGUUGUUAGUGAGAUUUAGGACGCACAUUCGAUCACAUGUGGAGAAGAAGUUUUCUGGUAAGGACUGUAUGCAGUUGUCAUGUAGAAGCAACUCUCGGAGCGGUGAUCUUAGUCUUGGCAUGGAAGGUAUACUGGAUAUUUUGUUGUGUGCUAGAUGUAGGCUGGUUAGACUGGAGAGUUCGCUGCAGAAAAGAUGCUCUGGUAAUGAGGUGAGCUGGUUAUUGCUGGCGUGUAGCGUGGUGAGGUCGGAGCAGCCGCUGAGCCACUGGGGUAACGAGGUAAGCUUGUUGUGCGACACGUCGAUUUCGACUAGGUUGAUCGGUGGUACUGUUGUGGUUAGUGUUUCUAGUUCUGAAACGAUUAACGGUAUAAGUUA